CGCCAACAAAACAUCCGCACUCUCGGAAACUGAUUAUUUCUUUGAAAAAGAGCCGUGUGGCUUUGGCGUUCUGUGUAAGGCGGGCUGGCAGUAUUGAGUCACAACGUUUGUGGGUUUUCUCAGCUCGGAGAGUGCUGAUCCCGCUGUCUGUGGCUCCGUGGGCCCCGUUAUCUGCCGUGACAGCGCGAAGAGUCUCUCGACGUGGACGUGGUCAGUUGGCGUGUCCCGACUUGGAGUGACGGCUGUGCGGUCCUAUGAUUUUCCCGACACGCUCUUCGCAUUGGCCCAUUUUCUGAAAAACUAUAUCGCCAACUUUACGUAUACCGCAACCUUUUUCACCUCGGUUGGAAGCUGAAGACAAGACGGGCUUCAAGAUGUCUGUAGCGGGCUUGAAGAAGCAGUUUUACAAAGCCAGCCAGAUGGUGAGUGAGAAAGUUGGAGGUGCAGAAGGAACCAAACUAGAUGAUGACUUCAGAGACUUGGAACGGAAAGUGGACGUGACCAGUAAAGCAGUGGUAGAGGUGAUCUCCAAAACAUCAGAGUACCUUCAGCCCAACCCAGCAUCGCGAGCCAAACUGUCCAUGCUGAACACCAUGUCCAAGAUUCGCGGUCAGGUGAACAACCCGGGCUAUCCUCAGGCUGAAGGGCUGCUGGGAGAGUGCAUGGCCAAGUACGGACGGGAGCUUGGAGAGGACACUAACUUUGGUGGCGCUCUGGUCGAUGUAGGAGAGGCCAUGAAGAGGCUGGCUGAAGUCAAAGACUCUCUAGACAUUGAUGUCAAACAGAACUUUAUUGAUCCACUGCAAGGGCUUUGUGACAAGGACCUGAGAGAAAUCCAGCACUAUCUGAAGAAACUGGAAGGGCGUCGCCUGGACUACGACUACAAGAAAAAGCGUCAGGGAAAGAUCCCGGACGAAGAGGUUCGACAGGCUCUGGAGAAGUUUCACGAGUCAAAGGAAGUGGCUGAGAUGAGCAUGUACAACCUGCUGGAGACUGACAUCGAGCAGGUGAGCCAGCUGUCGUCUCUGGUGGAGUCCCAGCUGCAGUACCACAGACAGGCCGUGCAGGUGUUGGAGGAGCUUUCAGGCAAACUCGGAGACAGGAUGAAUGAAGCUCAGUCUCGAACAAGACGUGAAUACACACCCAAACCCAAACCCGUGUUUGACUUUGGAGACAACAACCAUUCAAAUGGAGGCUACUCGACCCCCAUGGCUCCUCCCCCGUCACGCAUCUCGGCCCCGGAACAGCCGAGCUGCAAGGCGCUGUAUGACUUUGAGCCCGAGAACGACGGAGAGCUGGGCUUCCGCGAGGGCGACGUCAUCACCCUGACCAAUCAGAUCGACGAGAACUGGUACGAGGGCACGCUGAACGGCCAGUCGGGAUUCUUCCCCCUGAACUACGUCGAGGUCCUCGUGCCGUUGCCACACUAAUGCAAAGAGAGGGAGCUAGGAGGAGACUGAUGUAAAGGAGGAGGGGAGAGAAGGUAGAAUGAGAAGAGAGCGAAGUGGAGGGAUGGUCCGCAGAGGUUUUCAUUUUUCACCUUCGGCUCCAACGUCAUCAUCACAGAGCACUUUUUGGUCACCUGGAGUCCCGAAGAACUACCCGACCAGAAUAUCAGCGUUUCACAUGGAGUUGUCCAACAGCAAGAAGCGUAUCGAGGACUAACUGAUGAAACAAUUUGUAAGGAUUUCUAACAACAAAUUAAUAAUGUAGAAAAAAUUAAUGUGGGUAAUUGGAGCGGUCGGGGUGACUCUUUCAUAUCGUUUUCUUGUAUUUUCAGUCUGUUUAAAACUCAGGUCGGUCACCAGAUUAAGAGGGAUGGGGUGGGGGUCAUGCGUAACUUGGCUGAACAUUUUCCUCAUUUCAAAGUGAAAACUGCUGGUUUUCACUUCAGCUGUGGACUGGUUUGUGCCUGGUGAUGCCAUCUGCUGGCAUGACUGAGAAUUAGUAAACUGAGAUGGAACCACACACAACUAGCUGUAUUUAAA